ACACCGUGCCGUCAUUACUUUCAUGGUGCGUGCCUUAAGAAAUGGUUGUAUGUGAAAGACAAGUGUCCUAUGUGUCAUUCAUCCAUCAUAGAAAAUAGCACAGAUGCUGUUAAUACCGAGCCAGGCACUGACAGGGUUGUGAGUUCACAGCAGUCUACCCAUACUAACGCAGUUCCAACCGAUGCAACUAGUGCAUCAUCAUCAUCAGUAAAACCAUCAACUAGUAUGGUUGUAGAACCAAGCACUGAGGUAGCAGCAUCAUCAUUUGAAACAUCUAGUAAUAUGGGUGUGGACGCAAGCUCUGUAGUAGCAGCAUUAUCAGAGGAAGCAUCAAGUAAUAUACUUGUAGAACCAAGUACCGAAAUAGCAACAGCGUCAGUAAAAACAUUAAGCACUGUGGUAGCAUCAUCAAUUGAAACAUCAAGUAGGACUAACAUAUUUGUGAAACCAAGCACUGAUUUAGCAGCAACAUCAUUAAAAACAUUAAGUAGCAUGGUUGUGGAGCCAAAUACUGAGGGAGCAGCAACAUCAUUGGAGGAAACAAGUAGCAUGGUUGUGGAGCCAAGUACUGAGGUAGAAGCAACAUCAUUGGAGGAAUCAAGUAGCAUAGUUGUGGAGCCAAGUACUGAGGUAGCAGCAACAUCAUUGGAGGCAUCAAGUAGCAUGGUUGUGGAGCCAAAUACUGAGGUAGCA